GUGCUCCUCGUGUCGCUCAAGUGCGGCGGCACGGGCCUCAACCUCACGCGCGCGAACCACGUCUUCCUGCUCGACACGUGGUGGAACGCGGCCGUCGAGGAGCAGGCCAUGGACCGCGUGCACCGCCUCGGCCAGACGCGGCCCGUGACGGCCGUGCGCCUCGUCGCGGACAAGACCGUGGAAUCUCGCAUCCUCGACAUCCAGCAGGCCAAGACGCUGGUGUCCGCGGGCGCGCUCGCGCGGCUCAGCGCCGACGAGGUCCGCAAGGCGCGCCUCGGCGACAUCAAGCGCCUCUUCGAG